AUGCCUGUGGUGAUAGAUUCAACUGGAAGGGGCGGUAUAGGCAACGUAGAUCAUUUGACUCCGAUUCGCCUCCAGGAUAGCUCUGAUGCAAGUAUCUACCAACGUUUGGAUAGCGUGAGAGAUGCUGUCUCGCGGUUCUGUUUUCUGCGGCAGAGCUCUGGCAUUUCUGUCAGGAAAGCUCUGUAUGAAAUCACACGGUUCCCGGAUGACAGGAAGUGGUUUGGUCGAGAACCAAAAAAUUAUUUACAUAAAUGCGUGAAGAAGAUGCGAAACUCUCAGGACCUGCCAGUCUUUGAGAUUUGCUUUUCAUUAACCCGAAUUGCUGUAGCGGUAGGAAAUACCCCAAUCAUCACGUUCUUAGCUGGGAACUAUGGUGGUACUUUUACAGAUCCAAUGCGUGGACCACGGAAACUAGAGGUCGUGGAGAUCAAGUCUAGGCAAAUCACCAUUUGCUGGGAGCCGUUUGGCUAUAACGUGACACGUUGCCACCGGUACAACCUCACAGUGCAUUACCGGUACCAGGCUGGAGGACAAGAGCAAGUGAGGGAAGAAGUGAGCUGGGACACAGAGAGUUCCCAUCCCCAGCACACCAUUACCAACUUGUCGCCCUGCACGAACGUCAGCGUGAAACUCGUGCUCAUGAAUCCCGAAGGGCGGAAGGAAAGCCAAGAACUCGUAGUGCAGACGGAUGAAGAUGUCCCAAGUGCUGUACCACUUGAGUCCAUUCAAGGCAGUACCUUUGAAGAGAAGAUUUUUCUUCAGUGGAGAGAGCCAGCGCAAACAUAUGGUGUGAUUACUUUGUAUGAGAUCACCUACAAAGCAGUCAGCUCCUUUGACCCAGAAAUAGAUUUAUCCAAUCAAAGUGGCCGCGUCUCCAAGCUAGGCAAUGAAACACACUAUCUCUUCUUUGGACUAUACCCCGGCACUACCUACUCUUUUACCAUCAGAGCCAGCACAGCUAAAGGCUUUGGGCCUCCAAUCACAAAUCAGUUCACCACUAAAAUAUCAGCCCCCUCUAUGCCUCCAUAUGAACUUGAAACACCUUUGAAUCAAACUGACAGCACUGUGACAGUCUUGCUGAAACCUGCACAGAGCAGAGGCGCUCCUGUCAGUGUCUAUCAAAUCGUUGUUGAGGAAGAGCGCCCGCGGAGGACCAAGAAGACGACCGAAAUCCUGAAGUGCUACCCCGUGCCCAUUCAUUUCCAGAACGCCUCCCUCCUGAAUUCCCAGUACUACUUUGCUGCAGAGUUUCCAGCCAACGGCCUGCACGCUGCUCAGCCUUUCACCAUCGGUGACAACAAAACUUACAGUGGCUUCUGGAACACACCGCUUCUGCCUCAUAAAAGCUACAGCAUCUAUUUUCAAGCCGCAAGCAGAGCCAAUGGGGAAACCAAAAUUGACUGCGUCAGGGUAGCCACAAAAGCUGCGAUAAUCGUGACCCAGCUUACAACACCAUACAUUCGCAUCGCCCCUGCUGCAGGCGACGACCAACUAACAGGGGCUGCCACUCGAAAACCAGACCCAGAGCCUGAAAAGCAGACCGACCAUACUGUUAAAAUUGCUGGAGUCAUUGCAGGCAUCUUGCUGUUCGUCAUUAUAUUCCUGGGGGUCGUGCUGGUAAUGAAGAAAAGAAGAAGCUAUCACUCCUACACUUACUACCUGUAA